AUGGCUUUGAACGCUGCCGCUGAAUCCUUUGCGAAGGACUGGGAACGAUGCUUUGACAGAAAGCCGGUCUCUGUAAAUCCCGUCAUUGCCGACCUCGAUGUGGAACACAAUGAGCUUGCGCAGACCUGGAAGGCAUUCAAUCGGUUUCUUCCCCCCACCAGUCGAGUCCAACGGGGGGACCGACCCCCCGCAGUGGACGACGUGGUGACCCUCAUUCGGGAGACGCAGGCCGAAUGGCAAUCCCACCCGCGGAGACGGGUCUUCGACCGGCCACUCGCUUUAAGUGACCAACUGGUGCCAACCUUGUCAAUUCAUGCCACCCUGAUGACUGUCCUCCCAGAUAAUGACCUCUUUCAUGCCCCUCUUCUUUACAGUGUACUUCAGACUGCCAUCAAGGCAGCCUCACAAUACCCCCACGUCAUCGAGACUUUUCUGAUAGCGCUGCUGGAAAUCCACGAUGCGCUUCAUUCUCCAACAGAGCCCCUCACCUCGACGCAUUUCUUUCCGAUCGCCAAGGUGUACGCUCGAUACUUCUUCUUUCUCACCGAGUUCAUGGAUUGGUUCACCCGGCGAUCCACCUGCGAGAUAUUGAAGAAUCACAGCCACGACGGAUACUUGGAGUUCCAUCACCUGAUCAGUUGCAUCCAGCAACAGGCCCGGGCUCUCACGGAGUCUUUUGACUGCAUGGAUGUGGACGAGAAGCCCGACAUGGCAUACAGCCCGCAUGCGCUGUGGGCAGAAUCUCAGCUCAGUCAGGUGGGACGCGAGGGCACGGAUCGUCGCAUCGCCGCACAAAACACCAUCACCCGCCGUCUGAUCUGGGAGAUCCAGCAGGAUGCCGAAGAACGAGCCAGGAUUCGGCAGCAAAAGGAUCAGCUUCUGACUGAGAUGCUGCGAACGGUCAAUGGUCAGAUCCGACCCGUGAGUGACUCUGACAGCCGAACGUUAUGCAUGAUCAGCGCUGCACCGGAUCUCGCGUCCGCUUUUGAAUGGUCCCGUGCGUCCAGACGCCGCCUGGCCCGUCUGGAGCUGCAGAACGCCUCCAAACACCUCGAGGCGGUGUUUGACAGCGACGACCAGGUCCCCGACAUUGAUCCCGCCGCCCAAAUUCUUGUGGAGAGCAAAGUCGUCGAGACCCUGCAGAACUGGGUGACCACUCCGAGGUCACAAGCGCUGGCCCUCGGCGGCUCGCCCCCCAACCUAGCCGGUCCCAUGUCGAACCCCGUGGCGUUGAUCUCAGCCUGCUACGCAUCCUCUGCCCGCCACACGCGGCUGCCGGUGAUCUCUCACUUUUGUUCGCUCCCCGCCCAGGAGAAGGAGGGUCUGACGCUGCACCAACAAGGUCUCGUCGCACUCACGUACAGCCUCGUCCGCCAGCUGGUCAACUGUCUUCCUACGGUGGUUGAUAGCGACUCCCUGCUGGAUGUCAGUGCUGAGCGAUUUCGCCAGCUCGACGGCACACUGCACAGUUGGAAAGCGGCCUUGAGCCUGGUGGACACGCUGCUCCACUUUGUGCCCCCGCUCCUUGUCUGUGUGAUCGAUGCCAUCGACAUGAUUCACGAUGCCUCGACCGACGUGGCGAUCCGCGAGCUCAUCCGAGUUCUUCUCACGCACACGGGUCACCGAACGCAGCCGGCCAAUAGCGAAUGCUCAUCACCCACCUUUCUCUUCAAGAUCCUCUUCACCGUGACCGGGCGACCCAGUGCGUUGGAGGAGGCCAUGUCGGAAAACCAGAUCACCAUGAGUGAGCUGACGCCCCCGGCUGACCACGCUGCCACGGAGUCUGUCCUUCCGUCGGACCUGGGUGCCGUCCUUAUGAAUGCAUGA